UUUGGAAACACCAGAAGCACUAAUAGUUGCGAAAGAAUUGGCUAAGGUCAUAGCGGAAUAUUCCUAAUAUUUCCAAAUCUUUGAAAUUUGCAGAGUAGUAAAAUGCGUUGCCUACUUUUAGCAUUCAACAUAUUCUUCGCGUUAUUCUCUUGCGCCUUGUCUGCGCGUGUUUGUGUCGUGGAUACACGCAACUGCUAUCGUCAGACAAACGUUUGUGGACGCUUCGGUCAAUCGAAUUUGUGUCAGAGUUUUAGCAAUAAUUGUGAGCUGCAAUCGGCUAAUUGUCAGCAGACAGCACAAUACACUAAAGUCGAUGCGUCCUACUGCAGUCAAUUGAGUAACGGUAUAAGAGGUUUCUGUCUAGGUAGAAGCGGUGGACAUGGUUUUGGUAGUCACGGUUAUGGUGGUUACGGUUACGGCUCUGGCGCCAAUGUACAGCCGAUUAAAUUUAGAGGUUAAACUUAAGUUGGAGUUUUGAUAUUGUUUUCUGUGUUUAUUUUUAUUUUCGAAUAUUCUAUUUCGCCUAGUUUGUAGUAUAGUAAGCAUACUAAAUAAACAUAAAUAUAUGUUAUGUGUA